AGGGCUAUAAAACCCCCAGUCAUCAACUAAAGAGCACGGAGGAAUCUCAACCUCACAGGUGUAUCUGACUGUCUAACAACCAUGAAGGCUGUAGCCCUGAUCCUUGCUCUGGCAGUCAUCACUGGCUGCAAUGCCCGUGCUGUUCGCCAGGCUGAAGCCACAAAAAAUCCAUGGGAGGAAAGUGUGGAUCGCUUCUGGGAGUACAUUGCCAAGCUGGGCCAAAAUGCUGAUGGAGUUGUGGAGAACCUCAAGGCCUCUCAGCUCAGCAGGGAGCUAGACACUCUGAUCACUGACACCAUGGCAGAGCUUGAAACAUACAAAAAUAACAUUCAGACCAAGCUGGUUCCCUACACUGAGACCUCCACUGCCCAGCUUUCUCAAGACGUUCAGCUUCUGAUCAACAGACUGCAGAAGGACAUGCUGGAUGCCAAGGAGCGCGGCACUGAGUAUCACAGUGAGCUCCAGGCUAUGGUGGACCAUAACACUGGUGAUCUUGAAAGCCGCAUCAACAACUUCAUCCAUAAACUACAGAAGCGCCUCAAUAAGGACAUUGAGGAGAUUCGCAACACUGUGGCCACCUACAUGGGUGAGAUCCAGUCCCGUGCCUCCCAGAACCUGGAUACAGUGAAGGAGCAUGUUGAGCCCUAUGUCCAGCAGGCCAAUGACAACACCAAUAAGAAGCUGAGUGACAUCACUGCUAUGUUGCAGACUCAGGCUGAGGGCCUGGGUCAGCAGCUGGAGACCCAGGCUGAGGGCAUCAGGACCCAGCUGGAGGCCACUGCAGAGGAAUUGCGCACCUCAGUUCAGGGGAAGAUUGAAGAGAUGACAGAAUUGUUCUCCCCCUAUGCCACCAAGAUCCGUGAGCAGUUUGAGGAGAUUGUAGACAAGAUCAAGGAGUCAACCACUGCCUAAAGAGAGACUCUGAAAGUGGUAGAUGGUUGGUGGAAUGGCUACACUGCUGAUUUCUUUACACCCAGGUAAAAUGAGAAAAGGGGAAAGUUGCUGAUGAUCUUUACACUGAGUGUUCUAGUGUUCAGGAUAUGGGGGUUGAAUAGAGAGACAAGGGAGGAUAAGGUGCAGAACAGUCAGCAGGUGUGUUCUUCCUUCUGCACAGUCACCCUUUCUUAUUUUCUCAUUGACCCCCUUUAUCAGUGAACACAAGCACCACAGUCAAUAACAACCUUUCUUAUGCAAAAAGACAACAAUUAUUUGUAAUAUCCUUUGCUUUUCUACUUUGAAUUAACUGUUAUAUCAGUCUAUUCCCACAAGUUUUGUAUUCAAUUUCUACAUUUUGUUUGGUUAUUACUGCAGAGUUUCAGCUUGAGCUUGAGAUUUCAUCCCGUUAUCCUCCAAUGCACAUAACACCAAUGUCUUUCAUUUCAAUAAAUGCAGUGAACAACGAUGAGUGCUAUCUAGUUUCUUCUAGAAGUGCAACACAGAAACAACAAAAAGGAGUCCUGUUUAUUGUUGUUUCUGUGUUGCACUUCACAGAGAAAUGGAUUGUAAAAUUACUUGAUGCAAAUAAUCAGUGAGUAAAAUGUAACACCUGUCUGUACUUCACAAGUGUGGUUCACAUGUUGUAUGCCCACCAUGCUGCUCUCUGUAAGUGCACUUUCUUUAACUGCAGUGUGCUGAACAGUGCUGAGUAAAUAAAGAACCUAGAAAAAAUA